AUGAUAUUUAAUUUAAAUAUUACUAUAAAUACGCAUAGAAAUUCAAUAGCACCAAGCUCUUCUAUGACUAAAAACAAUUACUAUAAGAAAAAUCUACUAUAUAUUCUGUUUAUUAUCUCUAGCAUGCAUCUACUUCUAAUCGCCUGUGUUCCAUGGCAUAAAAAGCUUUUUUCUUUGUCAAAAUCCACCGAAUCUGAUCCUAGCUCAGGUUAUGAUAGGCAUGCUACUCCUAAUGUUUUUAAUGAAGUAAAUGAAAGCAAUACACGACUUCCUAUUGAAAUCCCUGACCAAAACAUUCAUAUGCAUGAUAAUCCUAUAUAUGAAGAAAUAGACCCAAUUAAUAAUUCUUUUGUUGGGUUCUCUUGUGAAACUCUCAAUGAAGAUAAUAUUUAUGAGGAAAUAGAUGAAAACAAUAGGAAAGCUCCUACCCCACCACCUCGCAGAAAUGCCAAUAUGGAUAAUACUUCUAAUAUUUAUGAAGAAAUAGAUGAAAAUAGAACUCAUCGCAUAGCUAAGAAAAAUAACGACCCAAAGAGAGAUCCAGAGCUAAUUAAAGAGCUAGAAUCUAGUAAAAUGUUUAAAAAGGCAGAAAAAAAGAAUCCAGUUCCUACAUAG